AUGACUAGGCCUACACCUGCCAAACCUUCACCUUCACCUCUACCCACCAAACCAAGCAUCACACCAUCACAACCAUCACCACAAUCAAAAUCACAACCACCAUCACCAUCCCAACGCACCAUGCCCCCACCCCUCAUCGCCCAUCCCCCCGGUUUCGAAUAUCCAGCAAACUGGCACGAAAAGACUCCGGAGGAGAGGUGGGAAACCCAACCCAACCUACGCGCCCGCGAACUCCUCUCUUCACCCCGCCUCAUCCGCGCAGAACUAGCCUCAGAGCCAGACUACGCCUUCCGCGACGCCGAAAUCCGCGACGGUUUAUGGUCGCUCAUGUCCUCUGUCGAAGAUUUCUCCAAAAAGUACUUUCCGAAUGGUGUACACGCUUCCCACACCACCAAGACCACAACCACUGCUGCGAACAGGGACGAGAACGGGAACGAGAACGGGGAUGAGAACGGGGAUGCCGAUGGCGAUGCGGAUGUGUUCAUAAAGAAAGAGUGGUUCUCGAGUUUAACACCAGAGACGGCGAAACUAAUCAAUUGCGUGGCGAGUGGAGGGCCGAGCGGACUAUGGGGGUGGCACAACCUUUUUGUCAACAAAGAGAAGAUGCAGGCGCUGAGAAAGUUCAAGGACUCCGAUGGUUUCACCCGCAACGCCGCCUACGCAUCCACCAUCCUCACCCACCUCCCCACACCCACAUCCCUCCCAGCAAACUUCAACGCGCACGUCAACACCAUCAUCGGAGCACUAUGGAUACACCUCUCGCCCCUCCUCUCACUAGUUUGCCAACCUACGUACCCCGCCUCCACCCCACUCCCGAUCCCCGCUCCUUCACUCAAAACCGUCUUCGAUGACCUCCGCCGCCUCACCGUUUCCGCAGGCAUCCUCUCCCUGCACAUGCACCUCGACCCACACACAGCAUAUCACCACGUCCCGCUCUUCAAAGAAGACAACUAUGAUUCUUCGGUUAUGGAGUGUUGGAACGACGGGCCUAUGAGGCAGCAGAAUAUGCGGAAUAAGUACGAAGACGUCGACAAGGAUGAGCAGGAGCGGCGUGAUGCGUUGAGUGAGACUGAGAAGAAGCGUGCGAGGGGCGAUACGGCGUUGACGCAGAUCCUAUGUUUCAACGGGGUGACUGCGUAUCGGAAAGGUGGGUGGGAGGUUGGUUCGUCUACCGCUAACAAUCCCGUCUACGAGAAAGGAGAGUACAAGAAUAUGGGUGUGAGAGUGCGUGUACUCACACAAGGCUUGGUGUAUUGUCGUUGGGGACGGGCGCUCAGUUCGCAAAAGUCUGCUUCGAUGGAUAAUGAAACCGGGAAGAAGAUACAUGGGGAUGCGUGGAGAGAGGGUGGGUUCAUGCAGUUUACGGAUGUGGAGGGCGUGUUUGAUUGGCUGGGCAAGGAGAGGAAGGAGAAGGCGGAAGCUAGGAAGGCUGUUCUGGAGAAGAUGGCUGGGAGGGCGGGUGCUGGUGCUGCUGCUGAGAAGACGGUGUUGCAGGAUGAAGGGACCAAGAAGAAGGGGAAGGGGAAGAGGAAGCCGCGUGGGGAGGUUGAGGACGCUGAUCCGGAUCGUUAA